UCUUGGUGUCGUUCGACAACAACAGCAGUGUGUGAUCGGUCUUCGUGUUUUGUGGACAUGAAAACGUUACUUUUUCUUUUAAUCGCGUCUGCUGUGCCUUUAUUGGCAACUGCUGAAGAUGAUGAAAAUCGGGCGGUGGUGACUAUCAGUCAUAAAACACUGAACGAUUUGCAGCAGAUCAGUGAGUCGGCUACUCAUCUUAAAUUUCACGAUUGCACUUUUCCGAAUCUCGAUGAGACCUUCUUCCAAAAAUUCAAGGCGCUGCAGGAUGUGACAUUCAACGAGUGCAAACUUGGAUUAAUUCACAUUAAGACUUUCGCGAAUCAUCCCGCGUUACACAGCGUCACAUUCAUGAGGUGCGAAAUUGACGACCUGCCGCCUGCGCUCUUCGGAAACCUCCCAUCGCUGUUCCAGUUGCAGCUGAUUGGAAACAAAAACAAAAACCUGGCGCACCUACAGAAGGGCAUGUUCGAACAAACCUCGCUUAAGUACCUGGUGCUUCCCAGCAACGAAAUCGAAACUCUCGACUCGAAGUCCUUCCUCGGCCUGAGCCAGGUGAGCAAUCUGAAUUUGGCCAAGAACCGCAUCAUGGAGCUGCCUGAGGGAGUCCUCGAUGGUCUGACCAAACUGAACUGGCUCUACUUGGACAACAAUCACCUGAAGAGCCUCCCCGAGCACGUCUUCGCCGCCUUAAAGGACCUGACCAUACUGAAUUUGGCCGACAAUCGUCUGGCGAAGCUACCCGAAGAGAUUUUUAGGCAGCAAACUCACAUGGAGUGGCUCGCGCUGGGUAGCAACAAAAUUGUCGAGUUACCCCCGACAAUCUUCAAAGGUCUCAACAGUUUAGCCCUCUUGGAGUUGGAUGACAACAACAUACGCUCUCUGGACGUCGGUAUCUUCAAGGACUGCCCCAAGCUCUACAGGGUUACGCUGGCAGACAAUGAAAUCGGCGAAAUCCCCAACGGCCUCUUCGCCGGACUGAACGGAAUGAUCUACCUAUCUUUGUCCGACAACGUAAUCGGCGCGAUCGGUGGGAAGGCCUUUGACGAUUUGACAUCGCUGCAGGAGCUGAAGCUGUCCAAGAACCACUUGGAAUCGCUGCACGAGGACAUCUUCCGCAGCCUCAAGCAGUUGGCGUACCUGCACUUGGAAAAGAAUAAAAUUACUAAACUGCCCGAUGGGGUAUUUUCGAGUUUGGGGGAGUUGCAAGCACUUCAUCUCGACCAUAAUGCCGUGAGCGAAGUUAGUGCGAAUACGUUCAGUGGUUUAAGUAAGUUGCUCAGGCUGAAAAUGGGCUUCAACAAGCUGGAGAAGUUAGAAAAGGGCACCUUCGCUGAUGUACACGUCUUGCUCGAACUGGACUUGAGGAACAACUCCAUCGGUACGCUGGAAGAGGGGUGCUUCAACGGACUGGGAAACGUGCGCGGGAUCAACUUAGAUGGGAACCAUCUGCGUGUGCUCCCCAAGGAUGCCUUUGUCGCGACUAGAAGACUGUCCGAACUGUCCUUCAAAGGGAACGCCAUUGAAGAACUGCCCCAGGGCAUCUUCGACAACCUCGAAGUGCUGGAACGGCUCUUCCUAAACAACAACAACAUUAAAAACAUAAACGCGGACCUCUUCCGAAACUGCAAGCACCUUUACAACCUCGACCUGAGCUACAACCAGAUCAAGUCGCUGGAUUCCAAUUUCCUGGACACCCUGUACAAGCUGAAGGUGUUGGAGCUCGAAGGCAACCCUCUAGUCACAAUCGGCCCUCCAGUCUUGCACCAGCCGCAGCUUCGCUCCAUUGGCUUGGCGUACACGCAAAUCGACGAUUGGAAAAUCCUCGACGCCCUCCUCGACCUCGAGAAGAUAUCACUGGCCGGCACCAAGUUCGACAAAAUCCACAUGAUUACAGUCGGCCGUCGCAUGUACAGCAAGGAGCGCAAAUACUGGAAGUUAACAGCCUAUUAGUUUCUCUAUCUAGUGACCUUUCAAUAAAAUAUCUCAUCCGAC